ACGGUUGGGGAAAGCAGCGAUUUCGAGACUAGCUAGGGAAACCUUAGCCAUCCGCCCCGCCCCCGAAGCCCGACUCUCCAAAGCCUGGGAUUAAGGGCCUGGAGGCUGGCACCACACCCUGGCCAGGUGUUCAUAACAGGACCAGGGACUGUCGCUGGAGGCCUGGGGCGGGGUGGGCGACAGGUGCUGACACACCCGCAUGGGGAGACAGAGGCUCUGCAUUGGCCCACUGCGCCGUUCAAGGUGCGCGGUGCCCUCCGGGACACAGGGGGCGCUGUGGCUGCUUUGAGACAGACAACUCUGUCCCUACGACCGGGUCAUUAAGCGCCGUUGCAGCCAUGGCCACUGCUCUAGGAUUUCGCUGCCUUUUCCGAACGCGACCUGCGCCGCUCUGUCGGCACGUCGACCGGCUUUGGAGGAACCCGCGUCGGGGACACCGGCUUUCUCCGGCGGACGACGAGUUAUACCAGCGGACUCGCAUCUCUCUGCUGCAAAGCGAGUUCCCUCAGGCCGUGUACAUCGACAGCUACAGUAGCAGAGGUUUCACUAUCUGCGGAAAUCGCGUGUUUGGCCCUUGCGUGCUGCUCCCACAGACGGUGGUCCAGUGGAACGUGGGAUCUCAUCAGGAUAUCACUGAAGAGAGCUUCUCCCUCUUCUGGAUGCUGGAACCUAGGAUAGAGAUUGUUGUGGUGGGCACUGGAAACAAGACUGAGCGGCUGCACCCUCAGGUACUACAGGCCAUGAGGCAGCGGGGAAUUGCUGUGGAGGUACAAGACACGCCCAAUGCCUGUGCUACUUUCAACUUCCUGUGCCACGAAGGUCGAGUGACAGGAGCUGCCCUCAUUCCCCCUCCUGGAGAGACUGCACUGGCUUCUUCGGGUCAAGCCUCAGAAUGACACAUCAGGAACCAUCAAGGAGGGCACUGCAUGCUCUCCCAACACUUUCCCCACACUUGUCAUGCUCACCCAGGAUAAUGUAUUCUCCUCUUACAUAUUAGUGUUGCUCAGUUUGGCUGCAGAUGGGAAGGGGGGCGGGGACGACUAAGGGUUGUUUUCACCCAUACAAUGUAGGAUUCCCUGGUCCCUUAAAGGCUAGGAGGCAGUGGUUCAUAUGCAGAUUUGAGGAGGCCCCAAUAGCUUUCCCAACUUCUUUAGAAGUAGAACUGUAGGUCCAUGAAGUCCACAGGGCAUGGCCCAAGGCUCUGUCACAAAUGAGGAGACUAUAUGCUAUGAACAUGUGUGAUGGUGGGGACCACAAAAAUUGCAAGUGCCCAUUGAACUCAAA